GACACAAUGACUGACCUAGGAAAUUUAGCAGCUUAUCGCUCCCCGCCGAACCAGUCAUCUUCUCCGGCACGCAAACAGUCUGUGGGCGAGCUUCACGAGAGGGCAGCGAUGGCUUCCUCGUUGUCGCCUGACCAGUACGGGAAGCAGCCGUCGCAGGGCCAGUAUGGUGGCGGCGGCUCUGGCUCCGACCAAGAGCGGGGCCCUUUGAGCUCCUUGAAUUUGGGCUUUCUCAAGUCCCUGACAGAAAAGAGGACAACGCGAGACGGGCAAACACCCAAAAGGAGAGGACCGAAACCCGACAGUAAACCUGCUCUAACUCGGCGACAAGAAUUGAACAGACAGGCACAACGUACGCAUCGUGAAAGAAAAGAGCUUUACAUCAAGGCUCUGGAAGAUGAGGUCCUUAGAUUGAAAGAAAUCUUCAGCAACAUAUCGCAAGACAAGGACAAGGUAGCCGAGGAGAACAGGCAACUCAAGCAACUCCUGGUCCAGAACGGAAUCCCUCUAUCUCACUAUGGUGACGAUAUGGUCAGCAACCCUAGCGGAGGCUACACAUCGAGUGCCAGCCAGUCGGGCCACAGCUACGGCCAGAACGCCUAUACGCCACCUUUGACGUCGACGACAGCGCCGUCGGUGUCGCCUUCGUCUCACGGUCCGUCUUACCCCCACGGUCUGCCCCCUCCCCUUCCCCAGAUGGGCAGCCAGCAACUGCAACAAAAUAGACAAGGGCAGAGCUCUGGUAGAGGUGUGGACUUUGAGCAAGCGGGCAUUGACUUCGUCUUAACUCUCGAGAAACCCUGCAUGAAUCACAUGCCUUGGCUGUUGGAGAGAUCAAGCGAGAUGGGCGGCGAGCCCUGCGGACACGCGCUGAUGGCCUCGUGCCCCCCGGCGCCCUUCCCAGAGCUUACACCUGACAUCCCGUUCGGGUACAGCAAUGUCAAUGGAGACCUGGACUCCCAGCAGAGGACGUGGGAAGUGAGCAAAGGCAGCCUUUCGGCCUUGCUUGAUCUCAGCAAGAAGCUUAACCUCGAUGGGGAGGUCACGCCGGUCAUGGCUUGGGGUAUGGUUCUGGGCCACCCUAGAGCUCACGAACUCCGCGCCGAGGAUUUCCAAAAGCUCACUGACGAGCUCAAGGACAAGGUCCGAUGCUACGGCUUUGGAGCCGUUAUGGAGGAGUUCGAGGUCAGGGACGCGUUGGAGAACGUCUUCUGCUCCGGACCGGAAAUGAUGAACUACGCCUACUAAAAGCGUCUGGCAUGAACCCACUCGGGCAACGAGAGGGGCACUUCAUCAGGAGAUUCAGUGAAUCUUUGUACGCGUGACU